UUAUAGGCAAAGCUAAAGCCUCUUCCUUCCGGAGACUGAAAAAAAGAGACGUGGUGACGGCCAGAUUUCGAUCUCUGAGCACGGAUUCCGAUCAUGAACGACGGAGAAGAUGCAGUUCGUCGCCGUACUGCAAUCACAGAUCACCGCAAGAAGCUUCUUCAGCAGAAAGAGCUCGAGUCCAGAGUUCGCUCAGUGAGGGAGAAUCUAAGAGCUUCAAAGAAGGAAUUCAACAAAACUGAAGAUGACUUGAAGUCUCUCCAAAGUGUUGGACAGAUUAUUGGAGAAGUGUUGCGGCCUCUUGAUAAUGAACGCUUGAUUGUUAAAGCAAGCAGUGGCCCUAGAUAUGUGGUUGGUUGCCGCAGCAAAGUAGAUAAGGAGAAACUGACUUCAGGAACCCGAGUUGUUCUUGAUAUGACAACACUCACAAUCAUGCGAGCUCUUCCACGUGAGGUUGAUCCUGUAGUGUACAAUAUGUUGCAUGAAGAUCCUGGUAACAUUAGCUAUUCAGCUGUUGGUGGCUUAUCUGAUCAGAUCAGAGAAUUGAGGGAAUCCAUUGAGCUGCCUCUGAUGAAUCCUGAGCUCUUCCUCAGAGUUGGAAUUAAACCUCCCAAGGGUGUUCUACUUUAUGGGCCUCCUGGAACUGGCAAGACAUUAUUAGCUAGGGCAAUUGCCAGUAACAUUGAUGCCAACUUCUUGAAGGUGGUUUCAAGUGCAAUAAUUGAUAAAUACAUUGGGGAAAGUGCAAGGUUGAUACGAGAAAUGUUUGGAUAUGCACGUGAUCACCAACCCUGCAUCAUCUUUAUGGAUGAGAUUGAUGCCAUUGGUGGACGCCGUUUCAGUGAGGGAACGAGUGCUGACCGUGAAAUUCAGAGAACACUGAUGGAGCUACUGAAUCAGCUUGAUGGAUUUGAUCAGCUGGGAAAGGUUAAAAUGAUCAUGGCAACAAACCGACCUGAUGUUCUUGACCCUGCACUUCUUCGCCCUGGACGACUAGACAGAAAGAUAGAGAUUCCAUUGCCAAAUGAGCAAUCAAGAAUGGAAAUUCUCAAGAUUCAUGCUGCAGGAAUAGCAAAGCAUGGAGAUAUUGACUAUGAGGCUGUGGUCAAACUUGCUGAGGGCUUUAAUGGAGCUGAUCUACGUAAUGUUUGCACUGAAGCUGGAAUGUCAGCAAUCCGUGCAGAACGUGAUUAUGUCAUCCAUGAAGAUUUCAUGAAGGCCGUAAGAAAACUGAACGAGGCUAAGAAACUGGAAUCUAGUGCACAUUACAGUGCUGAUUUUGGGAAAGACUAGAAAACUUUGCUUCUUCGUGGAGCCAUGGAAAGCAGGGCAGUGCAACUAUUUCAGACUUCAUUAAUCUGUUCUUUAUUGUCAAAGAUUGUUUUACUUAAAUAAGUAAAACAUCAACAAGCUGUAUGGAAUUUUUUUCCUGUUAUUUAAGCUUUUCCAAGAUGGUGGUUGCAGGUCUAUUCAAUUUAUUCACACUUGUAUCAUACAGAUUGAAUGAUUUCUUUAUGUUCGACCUGAGUUUAGUUCUC